AUGGUACGUCGUCCCCCCCGCGCUGCCCCUAGCAGCGGCGACGUCCAGUCGACACAUGGACGCACCGCCUCUCCCUCCCCUGAAUGCGCGCCUCGCAAGGACGUCGAGAAGAAGACGCGCUUCGACAAGCUCGUCGGCCUCGCCAUGCUCGUGGCCGCCACCGUCGUAUUCCUGUACUAUACCGUGUGGACGCUCUUGAUGCCCUCGACUGAUCGCUUUUCUGAUUUUCUUCCGCUCGCGCAGCCCUUCGUCGACGAUGACCACCCCCUCCAAAACUUCUUCCUCCCCCGCGUCUGGGCCAUCCGCAUCCCCGUUAUUCUCAUCCUCAUCGGUUCCGCCGUCGUCGGCUCCUUCCUCGGCAUGGUCAUGAUUCGAAGCAACCGAAAGAAGGCCGCCAAGGCCAAGGCUGCCGCCGCCAGCAAGAAGAAGGCGUAA